CCAUGCCUCACUCUCCCUAUCCAGAAUAUCUUUUUUCUCCAUUUUUUCCCUGGGGUUUGUUGCUGCUAUGAGACUGUUGUUGAUUCCUGGGAUAUAUAUAACUACACCCCAAACGCUUCUCUAUUUUUAGAGUCCUCUACCAGAAUCAUCACAUAGACUGACAAGAUCUCUGGGCACAGGAGUUUUAUUCAUUAAAAUGGCCUUGAACAUGGCAGUCAUACCUGGAGAAGUAGCCACAUCCCUGGUCAUUUUGGUUUUGAUGCUGGUGUUCUUCAGAGUCCUGGGGAAAAAUAGGGGAAAGCAGAGAGCUCCUCCUGGUCCAUGGUCCUUUCCCAUCAUAGGGAACCUUCUUCAGCUUGGAGACCACCCUCACCUCACCUUCAUGGAGAUGAGGAAGAAAUAUGGAGACGUCUUUCUUAUCAGGCUUGGCCUGUUACCCGUGGUGGUGGCGAAUGGCAUAGAGACGGUGAAACAAGUGUUGCUCAGGGAUGGAGAGCUGUUUGCAGGCAGACCAAAAAUGCAUACCUUCUCCUUCGUGGCAGAAGGCAAGAGCUUCUCCUUUUCCCCCCAUUUUGGAGAAAGCUGGAAGCUUCAGAAGAAGAUUGCCUCAAAUGCACUCAGGGCAUUCUCCAAAGCAGAAGCCAAGGCCUCCACCUGCUCCUGCCUGCUGGAGGAGCAUGUCACUGAGGAGGUGUCUGAACUGGUCCAUCUUUUAGGCCGUCUGACAACAGAGAAAGGCAGCUUCGACCCUAGAAGUGCCAUCACCUGCGCUGUGGCUAAUGUCGUCUGUGCUCUCUGUUUUGGCAAGAGGUAUGACCACAGUGACCAGGAGUUUCUUAAAAUUGUGAGAACAAAUGAUGACCUGCUCAAGGCCUCCAGCAUAGUGAAUCCUGCCGACUUCAUACCCUGUCUUCAUUACCUACCCCUGCAGAUCAUAAAUGGCCCCCGGCAAUUUUAUCAUGCUCUCAAUCAGUUUAUUGCACAGCACGUUCAAAAACAUAUCACUACCUAUGAUAAGAACCACAUCCGAGAUAUUACUGAUGCUCUGAUUAAUACAUGCCACAAAAAUGCUGCUACUAAAACAUCCACCUUAAAAGAUGAUGAAGUCAUAAGUACCGUGACCGACAUUUUUGGAGCUGGAUUUGAAACAGUAUCAACAUGUAUAUAUUGGAGUUUUCUUUAUUUGAUAUGUUAUCCAGAAAUUCAAGUCAAAAUUCAAGAAGAAAUUGAUGGAAACAUUGGACUGAAGUCACCUAGAUUUGAAGACAGGAAACAUUUACCCUACACAGAAGCUUUCAUAAGUGAACUAUUCAGACAUGUCUCCUUUCUUCCUUUUACUAUUCCACAUUGUACUACAGCAGACACUACUCUGAAUGGCUAUUUCAUCCCCAAGAAAACUUGCAUCUUUAUUAAUAUGUAUCAAGUAAAUCAUGAUGAAACUAUUUGGGAUAAUCCCAGCGUAUUCAGACCAGAGAGAUUUUUGAAUGAAAACAGAGAACUGAAUAAGAAUCUUGUGGAGAAAGUUCUGACAUUUGGAAUGGGAAUCCGGAAGUGUCUCGGAGAAGAAGUUGCAAGGAAUGAGAUAUUCAUCUUUAUCACCACCAUUCUGCAACAGCUCACCCUCAAAAAGUGUCCCGGAGCUCAGCUAGACCUGACACCCAAGUUUGGAUUAGCUAUGAAACCAAAACCCUAUCAACUCCUAGCAGAACCUCGCUUCCUGAGUACUUCAUGAUCUUAGAGUCUCAACUCACAUUGAAUGGAGUGUUUCUGUCCUAAUUCAGAAAAAAAACUCAAAUCCAUCUAAUAACCUAUUUACAGAUCAUUCUUCUACAGUAUAUUUACUAUCCAAUGAUAGGGUCUGUCUUAUAAAGUGUAUGACACAUUCUGGGUUCUAAUCAAAGAGAUUUGGCCUCAAAAAUGCUUUGAGGUUUUAAUGAAGAGAGAUAUAAUCCAGGCAUUUCUUAGCUAUUCCUCCUGUGGUAGACUACUGGGAUUGCUAUGUCACUAUGAGUAUGCAAGGAAGGGGGAAUGAGUGAGUCACUGGUUGGUCCAGCAAAGGGGCUCUGUUUACUUUUCCUUUAUGUGAGCUUCAAGUAGGUAACUAUACUUUUAUUUGUUUAAAAUAUGCAGUCUAGAAUGAGAAAGGGCUCUGAGACUCAUUGUAGUUCUUUUUAGUUGUCUGGGACAUAAGACGUUAAUAAAUCCUUAAAAAAGAACCUAGACUCACAUGAAACACCAGAGAGGAUUUUGUGCUAGUGAUGUCGAAGAAAUAGUUGAUUUACAGUAAAAUUAAAGAACACAAGAAGGGGGAUUUCCUCAGGAUGCCUUCUUCUUCUCCUUCUCCGUCUCCGUCUCCUUCUCCUUCUCCUUCUCCUUCUCCUUCUCCUUCUCCUUCUCCUUCUUCUCCUUCUCCUCUCCUUCUUCUCUUUCUUUCGAUAAGAAGUUAACUUUAGGGCAAACUGAUAUUGUCACCAUAUUACCAAUUCAUUCUGGUAUUGACAAAGUGCAUUGAUUUGUAGAGAUGCCUGAGCAAAAUAACACAAUCUGUGUGGCUUAAAUAAUCACUUCACUGUCUCACAGUCCUGGAGGCUGGAAGUCUAUACUCUUGGCAGUGGGCUUGACUCCUCUUGAGGCCACUCUGCUGGGCUUGCAGAUGAGCACCUGCUCACAGUGUCCUCAUUUGACUUGUCUGUGUGCAUGUUUCCCCUCUGCACCCCAUACCCGGCCCCAGUCACCAGUCAUUUAGAUCCUAACAUUUUAAUUUUAACUUAAUUGUCUCUUGAAAGAAUUUAUUUCCAAAUACAGUCAUAUAUUGAGUUAUUGGGGUCAGGGCUUUUAACAUAAAAAAAUGUAUGGAGAUAAAUUCUGUUCCAAGAAGAAUGUUACAAGCAGAAUGACUACAGAAAUUAAAGUAUGUGUUCGUGCACCACUGUGUUGAUUUAUCCAUCAAUUUUUGCUGUAUUAAAAGGUUUGAUUUUAAAAUUAAAAUUAAAAAGGUAUAUCUUUGUCAAUAGGAUAAUGUAGGUGCUUCUUUAUCUGAGUUUUUUUAAUGAACAAAGGUACGUAGGGUAUACAAAAUGGACAGUAAAUUACCUUAUUUGAGAUUGUAGCUUUAAGGUGAGUUAGGUGAGACACUAAGCUGGAAGUAAGAGACAAGUGUCCAGGACCUGGGAGAUAGCACAAUGGUUAUGCAAAAACUGAUUUUCAUGCUGGCUCAAUUUAAUCCCAAUUUGAAGACUCACCCAACUGUGUGGUUGAAUGCAUCUUUCAAGAAUGAAUUCACAGAAGUGAGAUGGACCAGGCUUCAUAAUUCUCAUUUUUAAAUGAACCUGAAUAAAAUUAUUUCUAAAUAUUUCAUAUAAAAUUCAUUUAUCAAAUGUAACUUUAUCUUCUCAAGUCUUCAUAGUGAUAUUUUUAAAAUAUUUUUUUAUUUGAUAGAGACAGAAAUAAACUGAGAGGGGAAAGUAAGAGAGGCAGUUUUCUAGAAGCUCCCCCCGCAAGUGGGGACUGGGGGGUUGAACCAAGAUCCUUGCACUCUGUAGAAUGUGCACCUAGCCAUGAGAGCCACCACUUGCCCCUUCAUAGUGAUACUUGGUCUAGAAGAUACUAAUCAAAAGUGCACUGUGGUCCUGGGAGGUGGUGCAGUGGUAAAGCACUGGAUUCUCAAGCAUGAGGUCUCAAGUUCAAUCCCUGGCAGCAUAUGUACCAGAAGUGAUGUCUGGUUCUUUCUCUCUCCUCCCAUCUUUCUCAUUAAUAAAUAAAUAAAUUAAAAAAAAAUUAAAAGUACACUUAUGUGCAAGGAUCAGCAUAAAGAUUACGCUUUGAGCCCUUGGCUCCCCACCUACAAGGAUUCACUUCUCUCGGGUGGUGAAACAGAUCUGCAGGUGUCUAUCUUUCUCUCUCCCACUGUGUUUUCCCCUCCUCUCUCAAUUUCUCUCUGUCCUAUGCAACAACAGCAACAAUAACAAUAACAAAAAGACAACAGAAUGGGAAAAAUGGCCUCCAGGAACAGUAAAUUCAUAGUGCAGGUACUGAGCCCCAGCAGUAACCCUGGAAACAAACAAACAAAAAAAAGAAGCAUACUUAUUUGAUGCUCUUGAUUACAUACUAUAUUGUUGCCCCAGGUCAUGGCUUCAUUCAUUAGGUUUUUUAAAAUAUAUAUUUUAUUUUAAUUAGCAAGAUAGAUUCAAAGUGAAGUAGAGAAAAGGAGAGAGAGGGAGAGGGAGGGAGAGAGAAAGAUAUACCAGAGAACUGUUCAGAUCUGGGUUAUGAUGGUCUUGGGAAUUGAACCAGGGACCUAAGAGCCACAGAAAUCCAUCUGUCAUAUUAAUACAGGUUAUUUUUAUUCUUUGCAGAAACAACAAAUCCAAUAGGGACAAAUCCAAAUACUUCCUAUUGUGCUUCUAGUGUUCAGUACUAGUGUUAAACACACAAUGGGCAAUUAACUAACACACAGUUGUUCAGUGAAUGUGGGAAUGCAUUAAUGAUUAGAUGAGAGGAGGUAGUGGAAGAGUAAGGCAAGCUUUAGGAGGAAAGGAAGUGCUUGAGACUAUUUUUAUAAAUAGAGUAUCUGACAUCUAUGCUCAUUACCCUUGGCCUUGAUGCCAACUUCUUUUCAGUCUGAAAAUUUCAUUUCUUUAAACUACAAAAUUCAGUUUCAGUGUUCUCAGACUCAUUUAACCUGUAAAGUCCAGAGCCACCAUGUAAACAUUUAUUUAUUUUUUUUCCUUUUUUUGAAACUAACAUUAUAUAUAGCACUAGUUUCUCCAUCUGAAUAUUAGCCCCCUAUGUUUCUCCCACAUCCAAGUGUGUUCUAGAUAUGCAGGAAAUUUUUCUUUUUAAAAUUUUUUUAUUAUCUUUAUUAAGUAGAUAGAUACAGUCAGAAAUAGAGAGGGAAUGGGGUGACAGAUAGGGAAAGAGACAGAGAGACACCUGCAACAGUGCUUCACCACUCCCAAAGCUUGAACCUGGGUCCUUGUGCAUUGUAGCAUGUGCACUCAACCAAGUGUGCCACCACCAGGCCUGAGAUUUUUCUUUUUUGAAACAUAUUUUAUUUGUUUACUUUAGUGAGAGGUAUAUAGAACGAAAGGUAGACGAAGAUCAGAGUACUGCUCAGCCCUGGCUGAUGGUAGGGCAGAGGAUUGAACCUGGGACCUCAAAGCCUCAGGAAGGUAGCCUUUUUGCAUAACCAUUAUGCUGUCUCUCAGUUGAUACUAAGCUCUUUAAGAGCAAUAGCUCUAAGGCAUUCCUCAAAGUCACUGUGUUUCUCCUUCUCUGACCUUUUUCCUCUUAGUAUUCAAGUGUGUUGGCAGCUGACCAAAAUCACUGACUUGUACAAAAACACUUGUUAUCUGAUGUCAUCUGUCACUGUCCUGAAGAGAAGGGGUCACUACUCUCUCCCAGGGAAGUUUACAUUCCAAACAUGGACUUACAUAAGUUUUUAUGACAUAAGUUAAGAGUUAGAGGUGAUUCUGAAGAAAGAUUACUUGAAUGUUUGGGAAUAUUGGAAGGUUGCAUAAAAACAUUAAAAAAAAAAAAAAAAAGGACAAAACAGGCUUUUCCUUGUUUCACUUCCCAUACCAGUCCCCAGUAUGCUUGUUUCCAAGGGACAGGUACCACUGCCCUACCCCUGACCACUCAAAACCUGCAUUCUAGAGGGUAUUGUAUAGGUUAAUAAUUUUUUUUAUAGAUUGAUUGAGCUUUUCAGACUUAAAAGGUGUCAACAACCAGGAAAGAAUUAAAAUGAACAAAACAGAGAUGCCACAAAACUAGCUCUAAUUGGGUUAAUUUAAUUUAAUUUUACUUUAUUUUAUUUUUUUACCAGAGCAGUGCAAAACUCUGGCUUGUGGUAGUGCAGGAGAUUGAUCCUAGGAUAUUUGGUGCCUUCAGCAUAAAAGUCAUUUUGCAUAACCAUUAAACUCUCUCCUGAGACCUUCCGUUUUUCUUUUGUUUCAGCUUCUGAGUAGCCUGAGGCUAAUAAAACAGAAAAAAAAAGUUAUAUUUUUCUUUUUUACCUCAGCCUUAGAAAGACUUUUGUCUGUUUUUUUGUUUAUUUUCAACCAGUGUAUACUUCUAUGACUUUUGUCCUAUUGCAAAAGAUGAUUUUUUUUUUUUUUUUGUACAGUGCUAGAGAAGAAUAAUGCCUAAUGCAGGGAGACACACUUGCCUUAUACUUAAUCUUGGGGAAGUACUGAGAAGUUUUCAAAUCUUGGAAAAGCAGAACUUUGCCUUCUGUGAAGAUACUGGGCUGUCUGGAUUAUAGAGUCAUUCAACACAACUCAGAUGAAAUCAUUCCCACUCAGACUGUUAAUAGCUAUGCACUUCAUCGAGCCUUUGUGAGCCAUGGAAUUAUAUUUUGUGAAAAAUGCUUUACAAAAUUUAAAUUGCUAUGGGCAAUGAAGUGCUUUACAAGAUGGUAUCAAUUUAGUUGAUAAAAUUCAUACUCAGUGGAUUUCAGAAAAUUGGGAAAUGGAGCCAAGUAUGUGAAGACUGUUCUUUGGAGCAGCAAUUGUAAUAACAUUUGGUUGUGAAAUAAGAAUCAAAGAUAUUGUCUUCCCAUGACUGUUAAACUAAAGAGACAUGAACCCAAUUACCAUUUUUAUUUUCAGUUAAAUAUUUUAUAAAACAUUGCCUCCACUUAAAGGAAAUAAACUCACUUCUUAAUUUU